AUGACUGAGGAAAUUAUCUACGCUGAUAUAAACGUUCUGGAAGACGGGUCCCCCACCAGCCAACCCUCUCCCCUUAAGCACCACGAUCUCCGGGGAUUUGCACGCCGGCACGGGUUCAUUCUGUGGAUUGCUUUGGCUGGCAACGUGAUCCUGGCUACAGCGGUAAUUGCACUGGGCAGUCAGGGUGAGAGCCUGGAGGACUUGGUGUCUCGCCUGAAGCAGAGUCUGUGUUACUCAACCCAGAGCCCCUCAGCAGACGGCUCCGGCUGCAAACUCUGCCCUAUGGACUGGCUGUCAGGCAGGGGAAAGUGUUACUGGUUUUCCAAAGACAGCAAAAACUGGAAGGAGAGCUGUGCUGACUGCUCCGCAAAGAGCUCUCGAAAGCUAGUGAUCCAAGACCAGGAGGAGAUGGAGUUCAUACAGAACGUCACACAGGGUAAAUAUCAUGUCUGGCUCGGGCUCAGCGUUACAUCUGCAGAGAAGAACUGGACCUGGGUGGACAGCUCCAUGUUAGACCAAACUCUGUUCCCAGUAACGGGUCCUGCUGACAUGAACAGCUGUGGGGUGAUAAAAGGGAAUCGGAUUCACUCUGAAACCUGCAGUGCUGAAUUCAAAUGGAUUUGCCAGAAGGAAGCCGUGCCGCUAUAA